CUCGCCCUCAUCCUCCGUGAAGGCGGCGGAACUGCACAACACGAGCGCAGGCGCUCUUUGAGAUCGAAGGCGUCCUUCUGAACAUACGAUCUUCGGUCGUGUUCCUCGAGAACCCGGAAGCGGCAGCUUUCUGGCACCGUCGAAUAAAAAAAAGCCCUCAGACGGACACCGGCUCUUUUGGCAUCACUGUCAGAAGCGAUGGGACGCCUCGGAGAAAAAGGAGCGACCGUUACUCACCUUUAACGGUAGCUUGUUAGCUGGUGGGGAUGAAGGCAGGUUGUCAGGCAUUACUGUAACAGACGACCCACGUCCUUUUGUAUCUGGCCCGUUAUUAAGGAGUCGUUAGACCGUUUAGUACCGUCAGCUAACGGGUUAGCUCCCUUCUGGGGCUAAGUAACAAAUAGACAGUAGCGAUGUUUUUAUCCCAUUCGGAGCUCUGGAGAACAUACUGGGACUGUGUGUCCAGGCCUUACACGGUGGUCAUCUGCUCCCUCACGGCCGCACUGUGCUAUCUGUGGGGCCGCAAGUGUCAGACACCGGCCCUCGUCUCUAGCACGCCUUUCAGUGCAUUCCUCCACAAGCACUGUCCUGUGGUGUCCGAGCGCUUCAGUCCCACUCCGUGGUGCUGGGGAGGCCGACUUCAAACACUGGUCUGUGCCGUCCUCAAGUCCAGGCCCCCCGUCACUUACCGCAAUGAGCUGAUCAGUACGGUUGAUGGGGGUCAGAUUUCUCUGGACUGGAUGGAUAAUAAAGAUAGUGCGACCUACCCAGAGUCCUCUACACGCCCCACAGUACUGAUCCUCCCGGGCCUGACAGGCAACAGCAGGCAGUCCUAUGUGCUCCAUGCCCUGAACCAGGCCACCCGCCGCGGCUACAGAUGUGUAGUUUUCAACAACAGAGGACUUGGAGGGGAAGAGUUGUUGACACCUGUCACCUACUGUGCAGCCAAUACCUCAGACCUGGAGCACGUGGUGCACCACAUUAAAGGACUUUACCCAUCUGCCCCUGUGCUUGGGGCUGGUGUGUCCUUGGGAGGCAUGUUAUUAUUAAACUAUCUGGCCCGGAAGCGUACAGAGUCCGGGAUGGUGGCGGGUUUCACCAUCUCAGUCCCUUGGAAUGCGCUGAAGUCGGCCGCCACAAUGGAAGAACCACUCAAUUGGCUGCUCUUCAAUAGAUACCUCACCGCCGGCCUGUGUAAUGCUGUCACCAGGCACAGGAAGGUUCUGGAGAAAGUGGUGGACAUCAACUUUGUCUUGAAGGCGCAGACUAUCCGUGAGUUUGACGAACGCUUCACCUCUUUGAUGUUUGGCUACAAAUCUUGCUCGGACUAUUACUUCGAUGCCAGCCCAGACAAUAAACUGCACAACACAGCAGUUCCCAUCUUGUGUCUCAACGCUGCCGACGACCCCUUCUCUCCCCAACACGCCUUCCCGUUGACCACGAUCCAGAGCCUGCCCAACGUUGCUCUGUUGUCGACGGCCCACGGCGGUCACAUCGCCUUCCUGCAGGGCUUGUUUCCUCGGGGUGAGAGCUACAUGGAGUGCCUGUUUGGCCAGUUUGUCCAAGCCGCCUUUGAACACCCUCAGGACAUCAGGAAAGCCUGCGGGAUUAAGGACGAGCAAAGGAGCUGAUCAUCUUUCUCCCCCAUCACUCUGUCUGUACUCUGAACUAGGAUUACUGCUAGCUGAGAAGAUUAUGGAGUCCGUGGCAUCAUAGCAGUAGAAAAGCUAUUCACAAAAAAAAUGCAUUGCUUUGCAUGUCAUUAUCAUGCCACAGAAAUGUUUGGUCUCCGUGAUGCGUGCACAGAGAAUGACCAACUGUAUUGUACAAUCAUGUGACCUCACUGGAGCUAUGCUGUCUACCUCCUCAUCUUCUCAGGUUCUCUUUUAAUGAGCGAUCAUAGGAGAUUUUUUUUUUAAGUGCAUAACUAAGUCAAUGCCUAAUAUUGCAUCAACACACACAAAAAAAGAAUUAUGCAUAUAUUAGUUUCAACAAAAAAAGUCAAUAGACUCUAAAAUCGAUUUUAAUCAUGUUGUUUUUUCCCCACACGCCGUCCCAACGUGACUUUGAGCCCUUGUAGUGUGUGUUGAAACCAAAAUGCACAAUUAUCCAAAGAAAAUGAGUGCUUUAAGUUUAAAUACUAUUUAAAAAUUUAAUUUAAAUAGAAAUUAACUGAAUGUGAGAAUAACACAGUUAUUCAGAUAUGCGGUUUGUUUUGGCUCAUAAGUUACUUUGAUUUUGCAAGACUUGUCUUCCUUGAAGUGUGUAACAUUCCUCAAGAUGAUCCACCUUUCCCCCCCCACAUACACAUCUUCGCCCUGCAUACAUAUUUCACAUGCAUACAAUUUCUAAAUGUCCACCGUACUUUGAGGUAAUGCUGCUAACAGUUCAGUUAUUAAAACUGUUGGUCUCAACAUGAAAACACCCACACAGCUGGAAUACACACAGCUGGAAUACACACAUCUGCCGUGAAGAACAUACUAAUGGCAUUGUAACAUAGAUCUAUCUUCCACGUUUUGAAUUUGAAAACAAAAAACUGAAAUGUAAAAGUGUAUUGUGUGCUUGUAUAUGCGUUUGCAGUGUGCUUGGUUGCAAUGUAAAUUAUGCAGUACAUUGGAGGUGGUUAAGCUGACACUGUAAAAAGUAUUUGAGAUAUUAUGUACCGGCUUGAAUAGGGUUUUUUGAAUUUGUGCGUAAUCUGCUUUUUGUUUCACACACUGAUGCACAUUGUUUGGGGAAUGGGCAAUAGAUACAAAAAAGCCCCCAGCUAUCUAGUUUGUGGUUAGGGGCGUUCAUUUGUUUUUAAUUGAAUCACUGAUUUCCUCCCGAUUGGUGUGUGAACUGAAUGUCUUUUCAAAUUAGUCGGAUGGAGGGUUUUUAAUAGGCGUGUGUAACACCAAUAGUGCACUGAUGAAACAAACACGUCAUUUUAUAAUGCCAAUAGCAGGGGGAUUUAGGAUUUAUAAUAAUAAUAAUUAUUAUUAUUAUUAGAAGCUACAGUUGUUGGACUCUGAACAAGAAAUAUGACGAUUCUAGCAGCAACUACUCUCAACUAGUAUAAUAAUAACUAAUAUUAACCACUCUCACUUGCCUUUAAUGGAUGUGUAUAUUUAUUGUAUUUUGAGCUGUAAUCACAAUCACAGUGUUUGUGGUAUCACUUAUGAUUGUAACCCUUCAAUGAAAGAACUUUGGGCAUUACAAACAAUCGUAUUUGUUUUUUGUGAAUUACACGUGAAUUAAAGAAUGAUGAUAAUACA